CCUUCCUCAUCUCACUCUCACUAACACCCCCCAGCCACACAAGCACCGCCAAAAUGUCCACCACCCCCUCUUCCGCCCCCGAUGCAUCCGUCGCCCAGCUCAUCGAAAAGUCCAAAUUCCUCGCCGCCAACCGCGCCGUAACCGAGCACCUCUCCCCCACCUACCGACACAUCGGCAUCGGCUCCGGCUCCACCGUCAUCCACGUCGUCGACGUCAUCUCCAAGCUCGGCGCCACCAUCACCUCCCCCAUGACCUUCUACCCAACGGGCGACCAAUCCCGCGACCUCAUCCAAGCCGCCGGUUUUCGCCUGGGUUACAUCUCCGACCUAUCCCCAGGCCACGCGCUCGACGUGUGCUUCGACGGCGCCGACGAAGUCGACCCUUGCCUGAACCUCAUCAAAGGCGGCGGCGCCUGUCUCCUGCAAGAAAAGCUCGUCGCCACCGCCGCGCGCAAGUUCGUCUGCGUCGCGGACUCGCGCAAGAUUAGCGCUCACUUGGGCACGGCGUGGAAGAAGGGAAUCCCUAUCGAGGUGUUCCCCAUGGCGGUGCCGCAGGUGUUGGGUGAGCUCGAGAGACUGGGGAGUCUAAGCGCCCAGGUGCGGUCGGGCCUACCGGGCAAGGCGGGCGCGUGCGUCACGGAUAAUGGAUUGAGGAUCGUGGAUGCGGUGUUUAAGCCGUUGUUGACGGAACUGCCAGAGGGAAAGCAAGAAGGGGAGGAGGGCGUGUGGACGGUGGAUGGGCUGGCGAGACGGUUGAUUGAGAUUCCGGGCGUGGCGGAGCAUGGAUUGUUUUAUGGAAAGAGCGGGUUAGAGGUGGAGAGCGGGGGUGCGCAGAAGCCGGUGGCGGCUUACUUUGGGAUGGAGGAUGGGUCGGUCAUGGUGCAGACGCUGGAGAAGGGCUUGGUUAAGGCGUGAGAUUGCGAUUGCUUUUUGGAGAAAAGAAAAGGUGGACGGGACUGCUUCAAAUAAAGGUCGCGGAAUGCUGCAUUACAUGUUUGUUGUUGUGCAUUAGUUUAUGCCAUGAUCGACUUUCAUCGGCCGAGAUGGCCAUGGAACCGAUAAUAACCCGACUAAUCGUUGCGGGUAGUAUGUCUGACAUGCGAACCAGCUCACUACUAGUGCCUCGAGUCGAUGGAGUUACGGAGAUUCAAGUGAAAUUACGGCCUGACAAGUGAAAUACUAUGACCGGC